GUGGGAAGGAGAAACCAAAAACCAAUGCAGAAGAAUUACUAAUUAAAAAGGUAAAGAAGAAAAAGAAAAAGAAACACAAAGAAUGUGAGAAAAGGAAACGUCCAAAAAUGUACAGCAAAUCUAUUCAGACCAUCUGCUCAGGAUUGGUUUCUGAUGUUGAGGAUCAAGAAGCCAAAGGCAUCAUAGAUGAUCAUCUUAAGAAUUUCAGUGAGAAGAAUAUGGAUCCCAAGAAGGACUGUGGGUCCAAGAUACCCGAGAACAUGAAAAUGGAGAUUUUGGGAAAGAAGGAUAUAGAGACAACGACUAUGUCAAAUUUCCAUGCUCAGGUAAGAGGUUACACAUUUUAUUUUCUAAAAACAUCUAAUGGUUUCAAAUAAACUAUAAAUGAUUUUUUUAACAUAGUUACUAUCAGCUAAAGUAUAUAGAUAAAACAGAAGAUUAAUAACCAAAGAAUAUUUGAGUAAUCAACUAUUUAUUUUUAAAAUAUAGAUAAGGAAGAUUUGUUUGCAUUCAAACAUUCCAUUGCACUUUCUAUGAUCAGUUGAAGUGUGUGUAUGU